AGAGAGAAAAAAAAUCUAAAAUAUUAGAUCAUGAUGAGCCUAUAUUAUAACGGUUGAGGUUGAUUGGAUACCUAUAAGUAUUAAGGUUAGACAAAAUAUAGAGAGAAAUUAAUUCUACUCAAACUUGGUAAAAAAAAUUGCUACCCUAAAAAAAAUAGAAAUCAUGUUGGAAUCAUAUCCGGACACCCAUUCGGACAAUGUCUCACACCUCACUACCACGUACUCCAUGUUUUUUUAGAGUACAUGUUUUUCUUAAUAAUACUAUAAAAAAAUAUUUAUGCAUUGUAACGGGUGAAUGUUAUUAUAAUCUUAUUAUUGUUAUAUAAUUUAGUUAAGAUGAAAUUCAAUGUGGAAAUUCACUUGGGUAUAUACUUUUUAGAAAAUCAUAAGCUGCAAUUAAGAGCCUGAUCAUCUCAAGUUAGCAUGCGAGUUUUUUAAAAAUAUAUCUUAUACGACUCCUUCCGUAUUUCCAAAAGCGAACCUAAAACCUGGCUCAAAUAUAGAUUUGUAUUUUUAAAAUCAAACGGAUUUAAAAACCGACUCAUACAUUGUAUGAAUAACGUAUCAAGAUACACUAUACGCAGCAUCAACAUAUGGCCUCAUAUGUAUAGUUAUACAUGUCUAUGAAUAAAUAUAUAUGGUGGGUUGAGAAUAUAUAUUAUUAGUUUGGUUGAUUGAUGGUCGAUCAAUCCAUCAAAGUUGGCACGUAUAUAGCAGCCUGCUAUUGCACGGGCAACAAUUUUUGACCUUAUAAAAUCUGUCAAUAUUUAAUGCCAUUAUGUUAGCUUUAUUUUUUUAACGAACCGCCAGUUAGAUAGCGUGAAGUUUCAUUGAAUAUAGUAGUAAAAAGUUAAAAAGAAAAAAAAAACUACACCAUGCACUGGUAUCGAUGUCCCACACAACCGAGGAAUGUUUGCUUUACAAGUUGAAAAUAGGAAAUAAUCCGAAUUACACCCCUAAACUAUAGCAGCGGUGUAAAUUACCAUCUUAAACCAUAAAACAGACAUCAUUCAGUCUCAACUUUUUAAAAUGCUUAUAUUUUAGGAUGGAGCGAGUAGUAAUGAUAUUUUUUAAAAAACUAAUAAAUUAUAAUGGCAUGGAGCCCACUAAAAGAAAAACUCCAAGUCUAAAGCAAGCCGGUCCAACCAGCCGUCGACCUAACCAAAUUUCUUCCUCGUAAUUUCUUCCUACGCCGCCAACGCCAUCUGUCCGUACGCUGCUGCUGCCGCCGUCUUCUCCCUACACAACGGUGGAGCCGCUUUCCUAUCCCCUUCACGACGCUGUCUCCCUCUCCGUCGGGAUACCAUGGAGAUGGGAUUUGAUGAGAAAUUUGCACUUCUGAGGAGCAUUGCGGAGGAGUGCAUAUGCGAGGAUGAGCUACGCGUAUUACUGAAGAAGAAGCCUAAUCCCAUCUGCUGUGUUUGGUUUGAGCCAACCUCCAUGAUGGGCAUAGAGCAGGGUAUUAUGAAGACAAUCUAUGUCAACAAAAUGGUUAGAGCUGGCUGUACAGUUAAAAUAUUGAUAGCAGAUUGGUUUCCGCAGCGGAACCCUAGAUUCACCUGUAACCUAAACAAAAUACAGGCUAUUAUCCGCUACAAUAUCAUGAUGUGGAAGGCAGUUGGCAUGCACCUUGACAAAGUAGAGAUCAUAUGGUUUUCUGAUGAAUUGAAUCAUCACGCUGUCGACUACUGGCCAUUUGCUAUGGAUGUUUCCAGAAAAUACACCAUGAAAAGAAUGGCAAGUUAUUGUAAGUAUGUGGAACCAUAUGGGCCAGGAAUACUUCCUGCUGCCCAGAUAAUUUACCCUUGCAUGCUGGUUUCUGCUGUAUUAUGCCACAAGUUGCAGGCAGACAUAUGGCUAUUCAGCAUGGAUCUGCGAGACAUUGUCAUGCUAACUAGAGAUUAUUGUGAAGAUACAAAUAGGGGAAACAUACCAACUAUUUUCCUGCACUCUGUGCUACCUAAUUUACUAGAAAACCCCGAAUUCCAGAAUAGAAGAAAUCCUGGACGGACUAUCUUCAUGCUAGAUGAUGAGGAUGAUAUAGAAGAAAAAAUAAGUUGUGCUUUCUGCCCUUCGAGAGUAGUAGCAUGCAACCCAUGUUUGGAGUAUAUAAAAUCUGUUGUCCUUCCUUGGUUUGGGAAGUUUGAGGUCGUUCAGAAGGAAGGGAAUGGUAGCAACAAGACAUAUUCAAGCAUGAAGGAACUUAUUGCUGAUUAUGAAAGUGGCGAUCUUGACUCUUUUGAUGUCAAGUUGGCACUGGGAAAAGCAAUAAAUGACAUAUUAGAGCUUGUCAGCGAGUUUUUCCGUAGCAACGAGGAAGCUCAAGCUCAAAUUGUUCCCCACAGGUUACAGGAUGAAAUUGGGGCAGAUAUCCAGAAGAUCCAAUUGCAGAACGAGGAGAUGUCUGGUCAUUGAUGCCACAGCUGAACGAGGAAGAAAAAUACAAUAUAUGUGUUGCCGAUAGAGGAGAAAUCUGGGUUUCUUUGGACAAACUUGUAUAUAUUGCCGCUAGAGGAGGAAAUGAAUAAGAUAAACUUGUUUAAAUGUUUCUGUAACUGUACCAAACAUACAUCGAUGUGACGGAAGUUUUCAAAUAUAUGUAAAUUAUUAUUAUUUAUAUACUAGGGUGAAUUUGUGA